AUGAAGGCCGUCAUUGCUCAAAACAAAACCCCCACUUUGGUUUCUGAUAAGCCCGUCCCUAAGCUACGCGACGACUAUAUCCUCGUCAAGACCGUAGCCGUUGCCCUUAACCCAACCGACUGGAAGCACGCAACUUUCGGUCUUGCUGCUGAAGGCGGCCUGCUUGGUUGCGAUUUCGCUGGCAUUGUCGAAGAAGUAGGCUCCAAAGUCACCAAGAAAUGGCAAAAGGGCGAGCGAAUCGCUGGUGUUGCACAUGGUGGAAAUCUGGUCCAACCUGAAGACGGUGCAUUUGCCGAACACAUUCUUGCGAAGGGCGAUAUUCAAGUAAAGAUUCCUGAUUCGUUGUCCUUUGAGGAUGCGUCAACCCUUACUUUGGGCGCGACGACAGUUAUGCAAGGGUUGUAUCAAAAGGCGUUGAAGUUGAACCUACCGGAUAACCCAGUCAAGGGUAAUGUUCCACUUUUGAUAUAUGGAGGGUCCACUGCGACUGGUUCUCUAGGUAUCCAAUAUGCCAAGUUGUCCGGUUACACCGUGAUAACGACAUGCUCCCCGCGAAACUUCGAUUAUGUCAAAAGCCUCGGUGCUGACAAGUGGUUUGACUACAACGAGCCCAACGUCGGUGCCCACAUUCGCGAAUAUACCCAAAACAAACUCAAAUACGCCUGGGAUACCGUGGGUGAAGAAGGCUCUGCCAAGAUUUGCGCAGAGGCACUUACCUCCGAGGCUGGAGCAAAAUAUGGCAGCAUCUUGCCUGUAAAGAAUCCACGAGAGGACGUUGAAUCCACCAAUACGCUCAUGUAUACUGUCUUCGGCGAAGAAUUCAAAUUUGGAAAGGACACGGUGUUUCCUGCUAGUUCGGAGGAUUUUGAGUAUACCAAGAAAUUCAUCGCGUUAACCGAGAAAUUGAUAGCUGAGGGCAAAGUGAAGGCGCAUCGUGUCAAGGUUGGUGCUGAUGGUCUGAAAGGUGUGGUGAAAGGAUUGGAGGAUAUGAAGGCUGGAAAGGUCAGCGGACAGAAACUGGUAUACCGCGUUGAUGAAACUCCAUGA